UGAAAAAUAACCCCCAUAAAUGUUUUAAUCAAUUUUUAAAUGAAGAACCUUUUUUGAAAGGAGUUUAAAUUAGAAACACAAUGAAAUUAAUUAUUUCAAUAUCGGAAACUGCUAAAUCUAAAACUCACACGCACAUAAUCUCCUCGACCUAUAUAUACAUUCAAGCAGCUUCAUACCUUUUCCAAGCAACAACAAUACACACAAAGUUCGGACCAUGAACAUAACUAAAACCACUCCUUGGUUUCUUUUCUUGUGCCUGAUUCUUCUUUCAGGCUACAAAAGUGUAAAAGGAUCGAUUUCUCCAUCUAGCGAGCCCACUAAAGAUGGCAAGUUUGGUUUCAAACCGACAGCGUUGUUUGUGUUCGGAGACUCGUACGCAGACACCGGGAACACACCAGUCAUAAUCUCGCCCUCAUGGAGGUUUCCUUACGGAAUCACUUUCCCGGGAAAGCCUACCGGCAGGUUUGGUGAUGGUCGUAUUUCAACUGACUAUCUCGCCAAGUAUCUUGGACUUAGAACACCGAUUGCAUAUAAAUGGAGGAGGUUCGCACUACCGAGACAAGUUGUGAAUAAAGGAAUCAAUUUCGCAUUUGGUGGAGCUGGCGUGUAUGAGACAAUUUUCACAGUCCCCACCGCGAGUAUGCAGAUCAAUUCCUUUGAACGACUUCUCCGGAAAAAUGUUUAUUCGCCGGCCGAUCUCAACUCUUCCGUAGCUUUUUUCAGCUUCAUCGGCAAUGACUAUAUCAAGUACAACAUAUUCAAUGGUACCUCGCAGGGCCGUCCAGCAUUGAUAAGGAGAGUUACGAAACAGAUUUUGUUGGAUGUAAAGCGAAUUAAGGACUUGGGAGUGAGAAAGGUGUUUGUAGUUUUAUCUCCACCGCAUAAUUGUGUGCCGUUAUAUUCCACUUCUAAAGGCUGCAACACUAGUAACCCGUUGACGAAGCUCCACAACAGUCUUAUCCGUGAAGGAUUGAGAAAACUAAACGAUGAGAAUAAUGAGAAAAGCUUCCUCAUGCUUGAUUUCUACAAGGCUUUCAUGACCAUAUUCAAGUAUAGAGGAGUUCCAGGAGUUUCGACAUUUUCGGAACCAUUGAAGGCAUGUUGUGAGGGAAGAAAAGGAGGAAACUCUUGUGGAGAUGUAGACAUAUACGGUAGAAGGUUAUACAGUGUCUGCAAAGAUCCAAAGUCAUUCUUUUUCUGGGAUAAUGUUCAUAUUACUGAUGAAGGAUGGCGUUCUGUAUUUUCUCUUCUUCUACCUGAUUCACGAUAAUGGAUCAUGUAUGUCUCCAAAAAUUCAACUACUAUGAGAAUGGAUGAGUAGCCAAUUCAUAUUUUAUAAAGAAAUUUCACAUAUAAAAGAUCCAGUACAUGAAACAAUUGCAUUUUUUUUUUGAAAAAGGGUUUUCAUUCAUGAAACAUGAAACAAUUGCAUACUCAUCAUACGUUCUUUGUUGGUGACUUUAAUAAAACGAAAAAGAUGUGGUUUUAUGUUGUUAUUGUUUACUAUAUCAAACUGGAGUUAAAUCAGACUUUAGUUUAGGGUUCACAAGGAGUACAUGUGUCUUAGAGUUGUUUUAGAGGAUAGAGAAGACAUAAAAGUUAUGGUUAAGUUAUCAAUAGUACGUUGUUGUUGUACUCUCCUUUGCAAAAGGUAGAAAGCAGAAGCAAAAAUCUAAACAAGAAGAAAGCAGACAUUGAGAGUAAAUAAAUCGAAACUGGUAAUAUCUAGUGAAACCAACGUAAGGACCCAAGAACAUUAAAUAGCAAAAGCUCAGGAGCUAUUAACUUGGACCAAAAGCAAGUAAGCUACCGAAUGAAGAAGAACGAGAGAGUUAAGAGUGUCAAUAUUUCCACACGCCUUGGACUUGAGCCUUUUGGGUUAAGCGGAAUAUUUCAUUGGGUUUGUUAAAAGACCGCUGAUUUUGGGUCCAUUAUAAAGAACUAAUACUAAGGCCACCAUAACAAGUAUAAAAUGAUAGAAAGAGCAAAGAUGGUUUUUGUUUCGGAAAUUCUCCUACAUUUGUGAGAAAUACACAUUAUACACGUUUUUCAUAUAGUGGUUACAAUUAUUAAAAUACAUAUAAUUAAAUAUUAAUACUUUAUUAAAAAAAAUUAGGAUCACAUAAGUCGUCUCAUGUCCCAAUGUUCCUAUUUGUGACCAUCAUUAACUCGAAUUUUUUAACUGGAGUUCUUAACUUUGGCUAAUAGACUGUUUAUAGCUUUUUUAGAUUUUAACUAAAAAUAGUUAAGAACUGUUUAUUAAAUAAGAGAUAUAAGAGUCGUUUUUUAACCGAAAAGUAUAAAAAAAUAAAAAAAUAUCAAAUCAUGAGUUAAUAACCUUGGCUAAAAAACCGGAGUUAAUCGCGCCUAUAAUCCAUUAUAGAAUUAUUUAUUUACAGUAUAUCAAAACCAUAUAUUUAUGAAUUGUUGCCAGAUGAUAAGACACGUAUCAACCUUAGUUUUGUGACUGUCUCACAUUUUUAUUAU